UUUUCCAGCAGCAUUGCCUAUACAGCAAAGAAAGCAGAGCUCAAGGACAGACCGGUUUUGCAAACGCGAAAGCUGGAUUUUUGUGGCUGUACUUUUUUCAUGUGCAGACUUUAGGAUUGUUGUUGUUGUGCCUUCUCCCCUCCUCCCCCCUCCCUAUUUCCUGGAGAGCAGCCAGCAGGGAAAUCCUCUCAGGGGGGUGGAUGAGAGACAAAGUCUGCAGCCCUGCUCAACCAGGAAGAGCUCCACCUCAAACAAAGCCAACAAUAACAACCGCCCUUGCCUUGCUUGCUCUCCCAGUCUUGUGGGUCUUCCCUGUGUGUGCACAGCCACCAUGAUGCUGCCUGCGGCGGGCCCCAGCACCGGCCAGACCUGUGGGCUCGUGCUGAUCUCCGCUGUGCUGCUGCAAUCCAUUUGCGUGGCGGUGACUUUCCUUUACUUCACUAAUGAGCUGAAACAGCUCCAGGACACAUAUUCCAAGAGCGGCAUUGCUUGUCUCACUGGGGAAGAUCUCGGAACUUUCAUAAGACAUGUGGAUCUAAAUGAAAAUGAAGAAAGAGAGAGUGACCCCUGCUGGCAAGUGAAGUGGCAACUAGGAAAGUUAAUUAAAAAGAUGAUAUCAAGAAACUAUGAGGAAAACAUUUCAUCUGCGGUGAAAGGAACUGAAGAACAGGGAUCUCAGCACCAUGGACACAGAAUAGCAGCUCACUUAACUGGAAGCAGCAAUAAGAAGAGCUCUCUAUCCACAUCAAAUUUCUCAUCCAGAAGAGGUAUUGGGCAGAAAAUAAAUACCUGGGAACCCUCAAGGAAAGACCAUUCAUUCCUCUAUAAUGUGGAGUUGAAAAAUGGGGAGUUAAUCAUACCCAGAACAGGGUUUUAUUACAUCUACUCUCAAACUUACUUUCGAUUCCGCGAACCUGAGAACGAGGAUUCAGAAUCAGAUCUGUUAGCACAAAUCAGAAACCCUAAGCAAAUGGUCCAGUAUGUUUACAAACUGACAACAUAUCCAGAGCCUAUCCUGCUCAUGAAAAGUGCAAGAACUAGCUGCUGGUCUAAAAAGGCAGAAUAUGGACUUUAUUCCAUAUAUCAAGGUGGAGUAUUUCAGCUGAAAAGGGAUGAUAGGAUUUUUGUCUCUGUCAGUAAUGAGGACAUGGUUGACAUGGACAAAGAAGCAAGUUUUUUUGGAGCCUUUUUGAUCAGCUAAAUGAUUAACAGAAAAUCAGACUCCCAAAGGAAAUCAUUUUUUAAAUUCUAUAAUCUAAGGUGGCAGAGAGGGGAGGAAGCCACUGUGACAAUACAGUGACUUCAAAGCAAUAGUGACAAUGCAAGAAUCCCAACUGUCAAUUCAUCCUGUGAAAGGUUUCAUUGCUCUGAGAAAUGAUCGUAACAGAUCAUAAUAUGGAAGAGCAGCAGGUGGCUGCAGCUGCAUAUGACUGUGCCUUGUAUAACAGCACAGCAGAUCCCGAAACACGCUAGAGAUCUAGGGCUUGCCUGGAUUUUAACGUGUCAAAGAUGAAUAGCUUUGGCUAGGACCGGAUCAAGUGCAGGCAGGCACUAUCCAAGGUUCCUCAUACCACUCUACCAAAGCAUCUCAAAACCUCAUUUGUGGCAGUCCCUCUGCAGGAACGGUGGAUUUGCAUAGGGACAAGAUGGAGACAAUCGACUUGUAGAGGGGAUUCGAUUGAGGUUGGAAAAUGGAUUUUAUCAUGAACGACACUUUGGACACUAUCCUGCUGACUCUUUCUCCCGUGAGUAAUCUUUACAUGAGCAGAAGUCCCUCUGAUGCCAGUUGGACUACACUCUUGAGAAUAAGGUUUGCAGGAUCAGGCCCUAUGUUUGAAUCUUAGAUUUCCUAAAAUGAAAGGCUAGCAAACAAUUAAACUACAGUAGCAUUUAAGCACAUACUUAACUUUAUUUUCCACUGAAUGCAUCCGAUGAAGUGAGCUGUAGCUCACGAAAGCUUAUGCUCAAAUAAAUUUGUUAGUCUCUCAGGUGCCACAAGUCCUCCUUUUCUCUUUGCGAAUACAGACUUAACACGGCUGCUACUCUGAAACCUGUACUUAACUUUGACAUGCAAGUGCUCCAUUUGAAAUCAAUGGGAUACUCAUGUGCUUAAAGUUAAACAUGUGCUUAAGUGCUGCCUGGGAUCACAGCCUGGUUAUUUUUGUCUUCAUUUGGAUGUUGCAUAAAUGACAGAAAAAUGAAGUGGCACAGCAGAGCCAUUGAAAUCAGUAAGUCAAUACUUUGAGUUCCCAGUACAUUUUGAUAAUCCCUGCUUAGUUGACUAACAUUGUACUGCAGAGAUUUCACCACACUUACAGCAUGUUCAAAUAUGGAUUCACUCUAUACUUACUGAAAAUGAGUAUUUGAUCCAGAACCCAAGUGUUUUCCUUUAAAUGUUGCAUUCAGAGGACUACAUUAUUUGUCUCACAUCAAGCAUGACAUGAUGUGGUUCUUUCAUGUUGAUUGGCUUGAUGCCAUGGAACAUGAUGUGAUGCAGAAUAAUUAGCUUGGAUUUGAAGGAGAACAUUCUCAUUCCUGGAGAGGAUACGUGACUAUCUCUGCUUCAGCAUGGGCUGAUUUUAGUUAAUACUGUUUAGAUUUUUGUUUUAUUUGCAGGGUUGUGUGGGGACGACAUAGCAUUUAUUUUUCUACCUGGACUGAAUAUUAGAUUGGUUAGCUGUAAGAUUAGAACUGGUUUUCAAAAGUUAAAAUUCUGUUAAGAAAUAGGCAGGAUAGCCGGAUCUUCAGGUAGCGUACAACAGUCAGCACCAUUCCAGUGACUUUAGUGGAGCUGCACCAAUUUACACCAGCUACAGAUCUAGCCCAGGAAAGACCAUAUAUUUCUGAAAGAAAGAGGGAGUGAAAGGCAAGUGGGGCAAGGAAGUCAUAUGGACCAAAUUCUCUGCAGAUGUAAAUCAAAGUAAACAGAAUUAAGCCAGUAGAGAAUUUGGCCCUAUAUUUUUUGAUAUAAUAAGCUUGCCUCAGGAGUCAUAAAAUGAUGAAAGUCGGCAAACGGCCUUACUUUGUCCAUGGCCUACAGGAAAAACAGGUGUACCCUUCACCCUACUACCUUCUUGAUGGCAAACAGGGAAUGAAUGUGCGUCAGUCGCCUCACUUGCCUUGUCUAUAUACAUCAGAAAGGUAGGCACGCCAGUCACUCUAGUUACCUUACCUGUGAACAGCAAGAAAAGAACUGACAGCAAUCACUUUGUUUUGACUGGUUAGAAGAAAGAAGCACAUGCAGGUUGAGAUUCGAAACCAUUAUUCCAGUCUGUGUUUCCUGUUUCUACGCGGAGGAAAGUAUGUUAUUUUCAAUAGUAACCAAUUCUGUGAAUUGCUCCAGCGCUUACUGGAGAAGCUGGCUUUGCGGUGCAGUCAUGUCUCCUAUACAUUAUAUAUUCUUCUCAGCUAGUCCUCUGAAGCAUUAUCUAAGAAUUCUCCAAGUCCACACCACAGAGUUUUUAGCUUUAUUUGGUGGCUUCCUAAUCUUGAAUACAGUAUGAAUUUGCACUAGUUUCAUGCUGGUCACCACUGACUUUGAUUGAACUGCUCCUGAUUUACACUGGUGUAGAUACUUCGGGUCUAUCUAGUUAAGCGUGGGCCAGAUUUUGCUGCCCUUACUCAUAUUACAUAAUACUUUAGGUCCCAAUCUUGUAACGGGAGUACUCUUAGUGCAUAAAGUUAAGCAUGAGUGUAGGUGUUUCCACGAGCAAGGUCUUACUUUGCAAGUUGGUCCAUUGAUUUUCAAUGAAAUUGUUUGUGGAGUAAGGGCUUGACCCUGCUCCCAUUCAGAUCAGUGCAAAAAACUUAAUGGGGCAGGACCAACCCCUUAGAUAUUAUUCAGUGAGAGGAAGGCCAGCAUAAUCUGAUCCAAUCCAAUUAGGAUAUACUCUGUUUAUUUUUCACAAAACUGACUAAUUUUCAAACUACAGAGUUCAGUUUUUAGCUUAAUAAAUUUUCAAAAGAAAAUAAUUUCCAGAGAACUUUUAUCCAAAUUUUCUUCCCAGUUCUAAUUUUUGAUUCAGCUGACACAGUGCUCUUACUUAAUACAGGAGCAGUACAAGACUGCAUUAAACAGCUCCCUCCAGAUCUAGUUUCUGUCCCUGAUCCUUCAAAGUCUUAUAUAUGUACUUCACUUUACAAACUGAGUAGUCCCAUAGACUUCAUUUCCUGAAUCAGGCUCAUAUUAUUUAACUCCUCAGCAACAUACUCAACUACAAGCACACAAAUAAAAUAAUGGGUUUUUUCAAAGUCCAGUUAUUUUAGGUGCUUAUUUUUUUAAAAAAAAUUCUUAACUGUGAGAGAAUUUCAGAUAUAUUAGUUGUAGCCUAAAAGUGAAAACCAUACGUAUGAUUAAGAAAAAGUCUAUAGAGCUCAGAGAGACACAGAUGGAAAAGAAUUGGGAAGAAGCCAUAGGGGCUGUGUACAAAUUCAUAGCUGACAGUAACUUAAGACAGACAGUAGUAUCUACUACACACAGAUGUUUUUCAUCACUUUGUCUCUGCAACUUGAUAUAUAAUAAUGGGCCCAAUUUUAUUUAGGAAGUGCUCCCAGGCAUUUCCAACCUUUUUCCUCUCCAUAUGUACACAAUUUUAUGUCACUCCAUUCUGGGUGAAUAUAUGUAGCACAACAGGGAGUAGACUGAAUAAUCGUAUUUUAUUUCCCAGUAAUCCAAAGACACACAGCCUGGUGAAAAGAUAACGAGCAAUAUCUGACAAGGACUCAUUUGAAGACAAAUAGAUGUAUGUACUAUUUCUGUGUGUGGAUUCACUCUCUCAUUCCCCCAGCCUCGUUACCCUCUUGACUUUCAACGGUAAAUGUAGCAAAUAGUUCUUUGUGUUCAUUGUGCGUGUGCAGCUGCAAUAACACUAACUUUUGGAUAAAAAAAUUGUAAUUUUUGUACAUACUUUUUAUAUAAAAUGUUUUUAGUAAAUA